AUGGCCGAUGAUGAAGAGCGCGCCAAGGCUGAGAAGCUGGCUGCUGCCAGGAAAAGGGUAGCCCAGCUUCAGAAGCAAAAGAAGAAGGCCAACAAGAAGGCUUCAACUGCUACAGACACCCCCAAAGAUACCGAGGUAUCUCAAGACGCCGAGUCCACCGAAGACACAGCGACAGCGACAGAACCCCCCGCUUCAGUAGACGCCUCCGCCGAGGAGAAGCCAGAAGAGGACACAUCCGCGGAACCCGCUGCUCCUUCUUCCCCGCCGCAGAGAAUGUAUCGGAAGCAAAGCAAGAUGCAGCUGUUGAAUCGCCUGUCGAGCCAAUGCCCCCGGCCCCGACAUCUCCUGGUCCAGAGGCGGAGGCGCAACCCGCCAAACUCGACGCCCCUCGCGCCGGGCACACCCGCCAGCCGUCUCUGCAGCGUUUCCCCUUCACCAUCAUCAGCGCUCAAGUCCCCGCCACAGUCUCUGCCUCCCUUAACUGGGGACGGAGAAUCUGUACACGAGGUGUUCCGGAAACAGUCGACGAAGAUCGAGGAGCUGGAGAAGGAGAAUAAGCGGCUGGAGAGUGAAAUAGCCGAUGCGACGGCUCGCUGGCGCAAAACUGAAGAACAGGUGGAAGAUCUACGUGAAGCUAGUGUUGAUAGUGUGGAGCUACGGGAGAAAUUGAAGCAAGCAGAGGAGAAGGUGGCGGGCGUUGAAUCACUGAAGGAGGAGAUUGAAUCUCUACAACGACAAAAUUCUCAACUCCAAUCUCGAUCACACCGGAACAAUGCUGGGCCUUCCGAAUCACCACCCGCAGAUCUGGUACGCCAGCUUGAAUCCAAGUCGGAGACCAUCGAGGCGAUGGAAUUGGAGAUCUCCAAUCUACGCGCUCAGGUUACCGAUCAAAGCUCCUCCAACAGCGCGAACGAGACACAAGUAGCAGCACUGGAAGACAAGGCAGCACAGAGCCAAGCCGCACUGGAGAAAUCUGAACGUGAAUUAGCCGAUACGAAGCAAGCCCUGACGCGCGCUUCAGAGAAAGCAGUGAAAGAAGGCGUGGACAAGACAUCCACCGAGACCCUGAUCAAAUCCCUGCAGCGCGAAGUCGAAGACAUCAAAAGCGAAAAGAGCGAAGCAGACAAGAAGAUCGAAACGCUGGAAAAGAAACUCCAGGCAAUCGGCAACCUGCACAAAGAAACCGAAACCCGGCACCAGACCCGCCUCCGCGAGAGCGAAAAGGCCGAGAAAGAAACAGCCGUACUCCGCAAGAAACUCUCCAGCAUCGAGAAUGAGAACCUCCGCCUUCGAGAAGAGCGUGAUCGCAUCAAGAAGCGCGAAGCAGGCGGCGGCGCCGAUGACGAGGCCCUCGACGAACUCGAGGAUGAAGAGCGUCAGCGGCUGGAGCGCCGCAUUCGCGAGCUGGAAGGCGAGAACUUCGAUCUACGCCGCGGAGUCUGGCAAGAAAAGCGCCAGGAACUAGCUGGACAAGGUUUCCCCGAGGAAGGUGCCGAAUCGGCCGUCGAUGCUGGCGCGAAUGCCUUUGACGACGUUGAUCUUGUUGGCGGUCGUCCUGACCACGCCCGUCGUCGCAGCAUGGCUUUGCAGCAGCAACAGCAGCACUCAUCUUUCUCCACCGUCUUAUCAAGUGGCUUUGCCGCUUUUACGGGCGCCAACCAGAACCGCUCCCGAGCUGGCUCGUCAAACCCGACGCACCCUCAUGCGCCUGCGACGCGAGGCAGUCUCGAGUUACUUUCCGAGGAGAACCUAGACGAUGAGUUUGAAUUCGAUGAGGCGGAGUUCGCGCGCGCACAGGCCGAGGAAGAAGCUCGCAAGCGUGUGGAGUGGGUCAGGGAGAUCAAGCGCAAACUGCGCGACUGGAAUGGGUGGCGGUUGGAUCUUGUUGAUAGUCGGGCUGGGGCUGAGGGUGCGGGCGUGGGGAUGGGAGAGAUCUUUGAGGUUUAG